CCUUCCUUUUUUCCCUUUUCUUUCUUUCCUUCCUUCCUUCUUUCCUUUACUUUUCUCCUUCCUUCCUUUUCUUUUCUCCUUUCUGUCUUUCCUUCUUCCUUCCUUUCUCCUUCUUCCCUUCCAGGAUGGAGGCCCUUCCCCGGAGCCCCGCCGCCACCGGCAGCAGCACCGCCAGCGGCAUCAGCUUCCAUCCCCACCCGGGCCUCCAGAAGACCCUGGAGCAGUUCCACCUGAGCUCCAUGAGCUCCUUGGGGGGACCGGCGGCCUUCUCGGCCCGAUGGGCGCAGGAGCUCUACCACAAGGCCGGCAAGGAGGCCCUGCACCCGGCGGGGGCUGGGGCUGUGGCUGCCUCCUCCUCGUCUCCGUCCUCCUGCUCCUCGUCGGGGGACCUGGCCCUGCCGCCUCCUCCUCCUCCUCCGGCGGUGAUGCCUGGCCCCUUCUUCAUGCCCUCGGACCGCUCGACCGAGCGCUGCGAGACGGUGCUGGAGGGGGAGACCAUCUCGUGCUUCGUGGUGGGCGGCGAGAAGCGCCUCUGCCUGCCGCAGAUCCUGAACUCGGUGCUGCGGGACUUCUCCCUGCAGCAGAUCAACGCCGUCUGCGACGAGCUCCACAUCUACUGCUCCCGAUGCACCGCCGACCAGCUGGAGAUCCUGAAGGUGCUGGGGGUGCUGCCCUUCUCGGCCCCCUCCUGCGGCCUGAUCACCAAGACCGACGCCGAGCGCCUCUGCAACGCCUUGCUCUACGGCGGCGCCUUCCCUCCGGGCCGCGGGGCCACCAAGGAGGCCAACGCCGCCGAGCCUCCUCCUCCUCCCGCUGCCCUGGAGCUGGAGCUGGAGCGGAGCGAGCGGAGCUUCAAGGUCUACCACGAGUGCUUCGGCAAGUGCCAGGGCCUGCUGGUGCCCGAGCUCUACGCCAGCCCCGCCGCCGCCUGCAUCCAGUGCCUGGACUGCCGCCUGCUCUACCCGCCCCACAAGUUCGUCAUCCACUCCCACAAGGCCCGAGAGAACCGCACCUGCCACUGGGGCUUCGACUCGGCCAACUGGAGGGCCUACCUGCUCCUCAGCCCCGACUACGCCCGCAAGGAGGACCAGGCCCGCCUCGGGCAGCGCCUCGACCAGAUCAAGGAGAAGUUCGACUUCGCCCGGAGGUACAAGAGGAGGCACCCCACCCCCAGGGUCCCCUCCGAUCCUCCUGCCCCCAAGAAACCCAAAACAGAUGACUCCUUGCAGUCUACAAUAGUUGGCGAAAAAGAGAAGCAGUCCAGUUGGUUACGGUCCUUGUCCACGUCCUCCAGCAAGAAUAUCGGUUGCAUAAACCCGCGACAGCGCCUUUCCGCAUUCCGGCCCUGGUCUCCCGCUGUUUCAGCAAGUGAGAAGGAGCUUUCGAAUCACAUCCCCGCUUUGAUCAGAGACAGUUUCUACUCCUACAAGAGCUUUGAGAAUGCCAUAGCACCCAAUGUGGCCCUCGCCCCUCCUCCUCAGCCAAAGAUCAUCAGCCACCCGCCGCCAUGUGCCACAAUAGCAUCACGGAACAAUGAGCCACUGAACAGCCUGCCCCAGCCAAGGAAAAGGAAACACGUCUCCGAAAACCCAACCAUUCCCGAACCCACACCCACCACUGUUGUCGCAUCCGCCCCCGUCCCCGCAACGGAAGAGGACAAGGAGUCUGAAGCAGAAAUCGAAGUAGAAACGCGAGAAGAAUGUAAGUUCACCUCCUCUCUGUCUUCGCUCUCCUCCCCAUCCUUCACGUCUUCGAGCUCAGCCAAGGACAUGAGCUCCCCCAGCAUGCCAGUUCCGCCAACCACCAACAACGUCUUCGAAGUUGCCAGCCAUGUUGAGCCUCAGAGCGGGGCCAGUGGGUUGGAGGCUGAGCUGGAACACCUCAGGCAGGCCUUGGACAGUGGCCUGGACACAAAAGAAGCCAAAGAGAAGUUCCUCCACGAAGUUGUGAAGAUGAGAGUCAAGCAGGAGGAGAAGCUCAAUGCAGCCUUGCAGGCCAAGCGAAGCCUACAUCAGGAGCUAGAGUUCCUUCGCGUGGCCAAGAAGGAGAAGCUGAGAGAGGCAACUGAAGCCAAGCGCAAUUUAAGGAAGGAGAUUGAGCGCCUCCGAGCUGAAAACGAAAAGAAAAUGAAGGAGGCCAAUGAGUCACGGAUACGGCUAAAGCGGGAACUGGAGCAAGCCAGACAGGUCCGGGUGUGUGACAAGGGCUGCGAAGCAGGACGGCUGCGAGCCAAAUACUCUGCCCAGAUCGAAGACCUGCAAGUGAAACUCCAGCACGCGGAGACAGACAGGGAGCAGCUGCGGGCCGAUCUGUUGCGCGAGAGGGAAGCACGGGAACACUUGGAAAAAGUUGUGAAGGAACUCCAGGAGCAACUGUGGCCUAAGCAGAGCGAUCUACCCAGCAACGAACAUGCCGCAAAAGACAUGGAAAACUAAACCAGUGCUGAAGAACAUUGUGAAUAGCGGCCUAAUCUGGAGGCCAGAUUGACAAAACAUGCACAGUAAGGGAGAGUAUGUGGGAGAGGCACUGGGCGAAGGGUGUGCAUGCGCCCCUGUUCUUGCCGGCAAACAUGGACACGGUUAUUAAUCGGAGAGCAAACGUUACUCUUUAUAACAGAAGCACUGAAUGCCAGCUCUAUUUUUACCCCCCAAGUCCAUAUAGCACAACAUCUUCCUGUGCCUAUAAACAUGAAGAGUGUUUCUAAAGAUAAACUACUUUUCGAAUCUGCAGCAAAAAAGCAAAACAACAGCUAUAUAUAUAUAUAUAUAUAUAUAUAUAUAUAUAUUCCACCGGUAAAAUCUGUUUUAGCAUCUAAGCAAAAUGAAAGGCAAGCGACCGGGGCUUGCUUUCCGAGAAAACUUCGGGAUUCAGACAAAAGCAAAAAAAACACCCCAAAAUCCAUAAAAUGACCCUUUUUUUGUUACAAGGCUAUCUAAAAGACACACACGGCCGAGUCGCGAAGAUGUGGUAUUAUAACCACUGACCAGAUUUUUUUAUAUAUAUACAUCUAUAUCUAUAUAUAUAUAUAAAUGGGGAGGGUGGGGUUAUACCGAAUUUGUAAAGACAACUUGUUACAGAUGUUGGGGUUCUUACUUAGAGAAGCUUGUCAUAAAAAGAAGAAGAAGCAUACUAGUAAGCCAUGACCAUUUUAAACCAGACUAUUUCUAUGAUGAUUUUUUUAAGAGCUCUAGUUUAAACAAUGCUUUUGUGUUUUUACCCACGCUUGGACACAAGGAAAGAAGGAAUGUCCGCGGAGGAAAAAGGGUCGGGCGGCUGGGCGGGUGUUUCAAUGGGACACCGGGGUGGAACUUUAUUUUCCGAGAACCACGCCUUAUUAAAAUCAGUGUUUAUUGAUCACGCCAUAACUUUGAGAGAGAGAGAAGGUGAGAAAGAGAGGUGCUUGUUCUCAACAUGUUUCGAAAUCACGGCCGGCUUUAGAGCGCUUCGGUUCCAAACGGAAGAAUCUAAAGAGAGGAACAAGGUCUGGAAAAAUUGGCUGGACCAUGAAGUUGCUUGGGAAGGAUGAACGCGAAUGCGAGAACGGCCCGGCGCAUUUGGAAACCCUCUUGUUCUGUUUUCUCCGGGAACUUGUUUGCGUUCAACCGUCAACUCCGAAUUUCCAGUAUUUUUUAUUGACUUGCCCAUCCUUGUGUGUGCGGAUUUCAGUGUCCCGCAAAGAGUGCUCGCCGUUGUAUUAAAGAAACAAAAGACUUCUGCUGCUGUGAAUAAGCCUACAUUUCUUAUUCUCUAGGGGUUUUUCUUUUCUUUUCUUUUUGUCAUUGUGGUGCGUGCGCGUGCGUGUGUGUCUUCUUUUCCUCCCCGAUGUGACAAAUACUUUAAUAUUGGGAUUGAUGCUGCCGCUUGUCCCAAUGUAUCUCCAGCGAUGGAUAUACAAAAUAUGCAGUAAGUAAUCAAAACUCAGGGCAAAAUCCUCACCCCAGUGGAAGUUUUGCGUCUGCAUGGUUGGACCCAACGCUUUGGAAAACGUUGGCCGGAAUCCUGCGUCGCAGUUGCGAAUGCGUGACCUGGAGUUAUGCACUUGUGGCUGUUACGCAUUCGUGGAUCCUAUGCAGACCCUAAACUAGUUAUGUAGGGACUAUGAAAAUCCCCCAAUCCCCUUGCAUAAGGGGUCGAUGCAACAGGGACCCCCUUCUUACGCAUUAAUAGGGAUCUCUCAUGGGAUGGAAACAGCAACCAGCCAAGCGACAGGGAAACAGACCCCCGUCAAAUGCAAGAGAUGCUGCCCAGUAAGGGGAUCGGGGUAUAUGUGUGCUGGAUCGGCCCCAUAACCAUGGUGCUUACGCAUACAUAAAGACCAUAUGGGAUUCCGGACACCUUUUGUAAGGACGAGACGCUUAGCGUCUUUCUUAACCCGCUUAGAAUUUUUACUCACUUGUCCAUUAUGAGUUGCGUCGGGUUUGUUUUUGUUCGCUUACUUGAACCGUCGGCGUUCAAGGAAAACCGAUUUGACUAUGCAGGUCCCUGGGACACGAGGAUGUAUGUAGUGUUAUGAAAAUGAGUUACCAAAACCGUUACGGGGGACGUAAGAGGUGGCUGCGGGUUUUCUAGCAGUCUUGCAUGUCAUGUUUGUGAGAAGAAUCGCUUUGGGAAUUGCCGUCACGGCCCUUUAGAUAAGAGGAUCAGAGAAACCAUCCUGCCAGUGUGACGUCGAAGGCUUUCAUGGCCGGCAUCCAUAGAUUUUUGUGGGGUUUUGAGGCUAUGUGUCCAUGUUCCAGAAGAAUGUAUGCCUAUGUUUCACCGGUAUCUGUGGCUGGCAUCUUCAGAGAAUGCUGGCAUGGAAGAGAGUUGGAUAUAUAUACCUUUGGUUGAGAGGAAGCGAUGUAUAUGUUAAUCUGUGUAUUGUUCUGUUGUUGAACGG